GGUCCAGACUUCAUACAGUUUCAGUUUUGGCAGCAUCCAGUGCCCUGCUGGCAGCCUCCAGAGGAGGCAGGGACAACACCUUCGGAGUUCAGGAAGCUGGAAUGGUAACAGGGCAGGAUCCCUGAAGGUAUGAACAGAGAAGAGAAGAGUCAAGAGGUUGUUGAUUUGUAAGUCUUAACGUGAUAUAUAAAGGUUCUCAGAUCAGAAGUGAAAUCUCAAUAGCAGCUGCGAUGGCUUUCUUCCUAGCCUGCCUGCUUGCUCUCCUCCCUGUGGUUUCUAUGAAAAGUCCCAUAUUUGGCCCAAAAGAGGUGACAAGUAUGCCAGGCGGAUCCGUCUCCAUCCAGUGCUUCUACCCAUCCACUUCAGUCAAUCGCCAUGACCGCAAAUAUUUUUGUAUUCAGAAUCGAAGGGGCUCCUGUGAAACCAUAGUCUCUACAAAUGGCUUUGUCUCAGAGAAAUAUAUGGGGAGAGCCAACAUUACCAAUUUCCCAAAGAAUAGCUCCUUUUUAAUAGAGCUUUCACAGCUGGUGGAGGAAGACAGCGGGCUCUACAAGUGUGGCGUGGGCAUAAGUAGUCGAGGCCUGUCCUUUGACAUCAAGUUGAAGGUGGGACAGGAUCCUGAUCGCCCUAAUAAUACUGAUGUCAUCGUCACUGAAGUGGACAAAACAGUUACCAUCAACUGCCCUUUCAGCAAAGAGCAUACACAGGACAGGAAGUUCUUAUGCAAGAAGGAUGGCGAGAGCUGUUCACUGGUUAUUGAUUCUCUAAAUCAAAAGGGCCCUGACUAUGAAGAAAGAGUCCGCUUCAAGAUCAGUGGUACCGGCAGUGAGGUCUUUGCGGUCAUCAUCAGCCAGAUCAAGAGGCGAGAUGUUGGGAUGUAUAUCUGUGGAGUCGGGGAGGAGACAGUCGCUGGAUUCCAGAAGAAUGUUGAGUUAAAGUUGCUGGAACCUGAGCCUGAACUGGUCUAUGCUGAGCAACGAGGGUCAGUGACUCUGAACUGUAAGCUGGGAAGCACAGUGGCAAACGUGCCUAAGUUUCUGUGCCGGAUGAGGGCAGAUAAGACAUGUGACUUGGUCAUCAACAGCAAGGGAUUUGUAAGUAAUGCCACUCAUGGAAGAAUCCUACUUAGCCCUACAAAUGAGGCUGGAUCCUUCAGCAUCAUGAUUAUGCAAGUGAGGAAAGAAGAUGCAGGUCUAUACCAGUGUGGAGCCCAGAAAGAUGGUCAACCUUCUGAAGAAGGGCCAGUUCAAACUCUACAGCUCUUCGUCUCUGAAGAGACCACUGUCCCAAAGACUCCCUUGGUGGUGAAAGGUCCAUCUGGUGGCUCUGUGUCAGUAACUUGUCACUACAAUCCCAAAGAGAACAACACCCUGAAAUACUGGUGCAGAUGGAAGAGCAGCAGUCAUUGCACUAAGCUGAUAGACAAUCUGGGAAUGGUGAAUGAUUCCUAUGAGGGAAGAGUGGCCCUGUUGGACCAGCCACAGAAUGGCACCUUCACUGUUAUACUCAAUCAGCUGACCCCUCAAGAUGCAGGUUACUAUUGGUGUCUCAGCAACGGAGAGCACAACAGGAAAUCUACUGUGAAGAUUGAGAUCACUGAAGGUCAACCACUCUUAAUAGAGCCAAAGACUGUCACAGGCCAGCUGGGGAAGCCUCUCAACAUUGCCUGCCACUUCCCCUGCAAGUUUUAUUCCUAUGAGAAAUACUGGUGCAAAUGGAGCAACCAGGGAUGUAAGACCCUGGCCAGUCAGGAGGAGGGUAACAGCAAUGCCUUUGUGGACUGUAAUCAAAGCAGCAAGAUUGUUUCUCUCUCCCUGAACCCUGUCACAAGAGCCCAUGAAGGAUGGUAUUGGUGUGGGGUGAAGAAGGGCCAGCAAUAUGGACAGACAGCUGCAGUCUAUGUGUCUGUGGAAGAGGGCUCCAAGGAUGUUGUCCAGCCAGUCAAUGCUGUGUUAAAUGAAGAUGCUGUGCAGCCUGAAGUCAGAGGCAAAGGAAUUGAGGAGCCUACAGUUGAGGGGAGCACCGAGGAACACAGCGGAAGCUCAAGAAUUCUGGUCUCAACCCUAGUGCCUGUGGCCCUGGUGUUAAUCGUGGGUGCAGUAGCAUUAGGAGUAGUCAGAGCCCGUUAUCGGAGGUUCAGUGAUCGAAUUUCGGUUGGAAGCUACAGAACUGACAUCAGUAUGUCAGAAUUAGAGAAUCCCAGGAAGUUUGGAGCCAAUGAGAACACUGGAGCUUCUGUUCAAGAGACUACUUUAGGAGAAGAUGAAUUCAUCACUCAGACUGAAAACCCUGAGGAAAUCCAAGAACCUAAGCAAGUCAAAAGGUCUUCCAAGGAAGAGGCAGAUAUGGCCUACACCGCCUUCCUGCUGCAGUCGAACAACAUGGCCAAUGAAAUUCCCUUGGAUGGCCCCAGUGAUGCUUAACCAGAUUCCCCUGUCUGCAUCCUGUCUCACAUCACCCUCCUUCUCUGGCUCAAUCAUUUGCAUGACUUCCAGAAUCACCUUUUUUAGACCCUGUCAGCACUCCCUCUGCACGACUGCCCUCCUCCCCUUCCCUUGAUUUUGUUGGCUCCUUUCCCAGAGUUUGUGGCUAGGGUGACUUUACUAAUUUUCUCCCUCAUCUUCUUCUCUGAGAAGGCAGGGGAUCCAAAAAUUCAUCAGCUUAAUUUCCACUGAGUUGUCCCACCAACAGCAAUGUAUGGGAGGGACCUUAUAGAAACUGCUUUGCUUUUAGAGGGAUUGGGAAUUAAAACAUUUCUUUGCACUUCUAGCCAGAAGAAGUCAAUGGGAUCUAAGAUCUUCCUGUCAAUCAUCAUUCCAUACUUAGCUGAUUAAAGGGACUUUUUCCUCCCUUCUGUGGAAACUUCAA